CUGCGGAAUUGACGUUAUACACGUGUAGCAUGAUGGUGGCUAGCAGCAGCUGAGAGAAGCCACAUAAAAUAUUAUUUGUGUUAUCAGGUUGUUAAUAGCAAUUUUGCAUGUUUAUUAAAAAGUCCUUCCCUAAACGUGAAAUCACUCAAAUUCUGGGGAGCCAUGGUGACAAAGAAGAAAACGGUGAAAGUGGAGGCUGUGGUAUUGGACAAGGACAGGCGUGACAAGUUGAUAGUGUCUCUCUCUGUGGAUGGAGGAGAUGAGUGGAUCAGACAGCUUGCCCAGACCUUGCAGGACUGUCUGGCGUUGACUGACCCAAUGCAGCAGAUCCAACUGGUCAAGAAGGCAGGAUCUCAGUUGGAGCUGCUGAGUGAGGAGGAAACUUCCCGUGGGCCUCUCCUCCAGGCCUGUCUGCACACCAUGGCCCUCAUCUACACCUCCCUGCUGGCUAAGAACCCCCUCCGUAGGGCCAGCGCCAGUGCCCUGAGCUCUGUACCGGACUGGCUGCAGGAGCAGACUGUCAUCUGUCUGUCCGCGUGCCUGUCGGACAGUCUGUCCACUGUGGGCUCAGACCACAGCUCAUACUCACACCUAAUAGACUCUAUCACAGCUUGUCUAGAUGCCUUCCCUCUCGGUGAGAGGUGUAUACACAGGCUGCUAGCAGAGGUGUUACCGUUCCUCCAUAAGGCCUUGAGUGAAUACCUCCAACUCAACAGUGGUCUAGCAGGUCGCCAUGUGGUCCAGGCCCAGCUCAUGCACUCGUGUCUGGCUGCGGUGAAGGCCUCCAUGCUGGUGGUGCAGAGGUCCCAGGAGCUCAUCAGCGCCGCCCUACAGGCAGUUCAUCCUCACUGCACCCUGCAGCUCACCCUCAGUGGCCUACUGGACUGCUACACACACAUCCUCACAGAUGAGAACUUCCUGCAGGCGGUGCAGAGCACGGCUGGCAUGGCAGUGGUCCUGCUGACCCGGUCUGUCAUGGGGAGUGGAGAUAGAGUGGCCGCAGUGGUGGCAGGUCUCCUGCAAGGUUCAGAGCAGUGUGCUGAGUGCGCCCCCGUGUGGCUGACACAGAGCUGUACAGGGCUGUAUGACAGUGGCCGUCCCGCGGGGGUGUCCCUCUACCUGUGUCAUGGGGCCCUGGCUAUGCUAAACUGGAGAGGGGCAACCCAGGGGCCACAGAGGGAACAGCUGCUGCUGCUGGUUCCUCACACACUGCUGGCGCUGGACACCAGUGUAAAGGAGUCCAGCACAGCCAUGGUGGUGGCCCGUGUGCUGACCCUGUGGAGCGGAGCCGCCUUGGAAAGCCUGCAGGGUGGGCUGUCGUCUCCCCCAGGCCUGCUUCACGACUCCCUCCGCGGGGGCUCAGAGCUCCAGGGGCACCUGCUGGAGCACGUCUACACCCACUGGGAGCACCCCUUGGAUGGGGUCCGCCACCAGACCCGCGCCCUCUUCAAGAACCUCCUCCUCCUGCACCAGCACAGCAGCCCUCUAGCCUUUUCUGACCCCUACAGGGACCCAUACUUUACCCAGCUAACCCACAACCUGCUGGGCCUGGAGUGGCACCAGAGAGGGAAGUAUGGCUCUCUGGCCUGCCUGGUGGAGCUCCUUGGGGCAGGGUACCUGUUGGCUCUGGACCCCCAGCUGCCCUCACGUCUCCUGGGCUUGAUGGGGGACCAGACCCUGGCACCUUACGCUAGCGACCUGCUAGAGAGGCUGUUUGUCAGUCACAAGGCCCAGCUGGUUGAGGAAGAUGGCACAGGGGGCACAGAGGCGGGCAUGGAGAGGUGGCACCAGACCUGGGUGACCCCAUUGCUUCAGGUGCUGUGUAGAGCUAGGCUGGACCAGACCACCUAUAUCCUGGAUUAUUUCCUUCCCAAGCUGCUGCGCUGUUCCCCCUCCAGUCUGGCCCACAUGGUACAGGCCCUACAGGUCACCCCAACCUGCAGCGCAGGACCUCCGGGCAGUAGGGGUGCUUUGGGUGCUCUGAUGACGUGUCUGCGUGCAGCACGUGCCCAGGGGGUGGUCCAGUCAGAGGAGGGGCUGUGGGGGGGACUUGUACCCCUCUUUCUGCUCCGUCAGGCUCUUGUUCACAAACACGACCAGGUGCGAAUGGACGCUCUUGGGUUAUUGUGCGAGAGUCAUCGUCGCACAGAGGUUCUGACCUCGCAGGAAAUGGAGCUGCUUCAUCACUUCCUGCCCUCCAGUCUAAACAGCCAAUCACCAGGAGUCAGGCAGCUGACUGUCAGCCUGCUCAAAAAGCUGCUGUGCAGAGUGAAGGAUAGUGGUCAGUCACUGCAGAGGAGGCUGGUCCAGGAGAGAGACCAGGGACAGAAGGUCCGAGACCAACACAUCCUGGACACGUACAAGGAGUUCCUGUGCUGGCUGUGUGAGAGCCUGUUCGGUGUGCUUCUCCCCGGGGCCUCCUUCUCCACCUGCCUGACAGCCCUCCACCUGCUGUGCCAGCUGGCCCACCUCUUCACCUUCAACACUGGGUCUGAUGAUGUGUUUGCUCUGGGAGAGGUGGUGACCCCUGCACAAGCGCAGAAUGUCCUCUACUGCGUCGCCAGCAACUUCCUGGAGGUCAAGCAGCUGGCCUCCGCGUUGCUACGGCAACUCCCUCCGUCUGCCGUGGGGCUGCAGGAGCCAUGCAGGAUGCAGACUCUGCUCCAGGCAGCUUUGGACCUCAGCACCAGCACCAAGCCUUUUGACAGUGUCACGGCUGCCCACCUCUUCAACCUGUUCCUUCGCCAGCCUGCCCUGCCCCAGGCCCUGUUGCUCUGUGCCCAGGAGCAGGGCCUCUCCUUCCAGCCUCCUGCUCUAACCCAGCCCCAGGCUUUUGAGGCCCUUACCCUGGAGACGAACACUCUGGCAGUGGUGCAGUACUUGUUGCUGUGUCUGAAGGCUGAGGUGGUGAAGGCAGAGUCGUCUCUCCUGCUGGCGGCAGCCUCCUACCCUCUCUACGGCCGAGCCCACUGUAUCACUGCUGCCUUACAGCAACUCAACACCGGGUGUCUGACUCUGACAGGCCAGUGGAGGAAUGUGAUGUCAGAGCUCAUCACAGUGUCCUAUAGGAUGUCUGACGUAGUGUCACCUGUCGUCCAGAGCUCCUCCCCCGAAGGCCUCAUCCCCAUGGAUACCGACUCAGAAACGUCCGCUGGUCUGCAGAGGAUCCUGCAGGAGAUACAGCCUCGUGACACCAACGACUUUUUCACCACCGUCAGAGAACUGGACACCGAGCCGUCUGGACAGGAGAAUGGACCUGCGGCCCCCACAGACAGACCACAGCAUGACAGCACAGGUGGUAGUGGUGAGGGCUACAGGGUGACCGCUCAGAUGGUGUUGGUGUGCUGCUGGAGGAGUAUGAAGGAGGUGUCCAUGGUGCUGGGUCAAGUGUGUCAGAGCCUCCCCUUACAGACCUCCAGCAAACACUCUGACCAGGGGCUCAUCACCGAGGAGCAGGUGGAGGGGGUGGGCCUGUACUUCCGUCAGCAGCUCCUCCAGUCUCGUCACCGAGGGGCCUUUGAGCUGGCCUACGUGGGCUUUGUACGUCUCACCGACAUGCUGCGCAGGAGUGGAAGCAGAACCCUGCAGCAGCUGCCUGGUCGCUGGCUCACGGAGGUCCUACAGGAGGUCAAGUCCAGCGACCCCUCUUCCAAACUGUGUGCCACGCGCCGCAGCGCAGGCAUCCCAUUCUACAUCCAGGCCCUGUUGUCAUCCGAGCCCAAGUCGUCCAGCUGCAGCCUGCUGAAGAUGACCAUGAGAGAGCUGACCGCCCUGGCCAUGCCCUCUCCUGACAGAGCCACUGACCAGACCACUGUCCCUCAGGUUCAUGCGCUCAACAUCCUGAGGGCUCUGUACAGAGACACUCGUCUGGGGGAGAACAUCAUUCCCUUUGUCUCUGAGGGAGUGCAGGCUGCUGUCCUGGGCUUCACCUCCCCCGUCUGGGCUGUGAGGAACUCCUCCACCCUGCUCUUCAGCACUCUGAUCACAAGGAUCUUUGGAGUGAAGAAAGGGAAGGACGAGCACUCCAAAGAGAACAGGAUGACGGGCCGGGAGUUCUUCACUCGUUUCCCGGCGCUCUAUCCCUUCCUCCUGAGCCAGCUGGAGGAGGCUGCAGCGUCGGUGGACAGUGACAGGGGUCAGGUGAUUCUGCACCCCAGCCUGUUCCUGUUGCUGCUGGUGUUGGGGCGUCUCUUCCCCUCGCCCAUGGACGGGUCUUCUUCCCCCCUGGGCCUAGCCCCCUUCAUGCCUUUCAUCAUCAGGUGUGGUCGUUCUGCGGUCUACCGGACCCGUGAGAUGGCCGCCCGGGCCCUGGUCCCGUUCGUCAUGGUAACCCAGGUCCCCUCCACCAUCCAGACUCUACUGGAGGACCUGCCUCUGGAAGCUGGGCCUAGAACCCAGCAGAACCACAUCCAUGGAAUCCUGCUCCAGGUGCUGUUCCUGCUGCGCUCCUACCAGACGGAUACACACAGACCCCAGGCGGCAGGAAGUGACAUCAGCCAAGCCCUGCGCCCACGACUGUGGCUCGCCUCCAGGCAGAACCUGUGUUUAGUGACCCGAGCUGUGUUUGUGGAUGUGCUGGAGGCUGUGUGUGGACCCCUGGCUGCUCCUGUUGGAGACUCCGAGCUAAAGGAGUUGCGUGAGGAAACGCUGGCACUCCUGAUGGCCUCUGAGCUGGUGACCCCUGGAGGCCCCUCUGCUGUGUGUGGCCCCCCCGGCACCACCCAGUAUCUCCUCAGCCUGGCACGCCUGGCACUCAGCGCCAGCGUGGAGAGCCCACUGCUGUGGGGCAUGGAGGAUGGCAACACAUCGCGAGGACCCCUGCUCCUGGGGUGUCUGCUGCAGUGCCCGCACUACGAAGUCCGUGAGCUGGCCCUGGGAGAGGUCCUGAGGAGGCUGGAAAGAGAGAGGGAUGAAGAGAAGGGGGAGGGGCAGAUAAGCUCUCACUGGCCCCAGGAGACCAUCAUCUCAAACCUCACUACCCUGGCCCUGCAUGAGGCCCACCCUCAGUCUCUGGCCAAGGUGCUGCAGGUGCUGUCUGUCCUCAGCGUGAACUCUGACCUGCUGUGGAGGGACGGUCUGCGGAAUCUGACCCAGACAGAGGUCCUGGAGCGGGUUCUCACUCUGGCUGAAGGCUUUGCCCACAGUGUGGAGUUGCACUGUGCUUCCCUGACCCUGGCAUCUAGAUUGGUGGUGCACCUCGUACACAGUGACCCUCAGGGUGUGGCUGCAGUAGCGUGUCUGGGGCGCUGGGGGGCGCUGGUGUCUCAGUCCUGCGGUGUGGAGCAAAAUGCAGAGGUCAAGAUGAUGGCUGCAGAGGUACUGGUCAACGCCACACCCACCUUGUUGACCAGCCCCAACCUACCAUUGGGUGUGUCCCACACAGUGUCUCUGUGGAGAGGUCUGUUCACUCUACUGCAGGACGAGGACCAGGAUGUCCGAGACAGAGCUGCUGACUUCAUCUCCAACCUCCCUACACACCUACUGAACCCAGACUAAGGUUUUAGAAAGUGGGAACGUCGUCGUCCAAAACGCUACAGGCCAAAGAUGCAGACCUGCACAGAGCAGUCAGCCUACUCAAGGACAUAGGGGUCCUGUCCGGACAGGAUUUUGAGAAGGACAAAGUCACUGCAAAAACCCUUGCCGACAAAUGGGGAGCUCAGCGCGCAUUUGAAGACACUCUGAGAAGGAAGGCGAGGCGUCAUUUUGAUGAGCUAUGCGAGGACGAGCGACUGUCUGAUGGGGAAAGUAGUUUUAGAGUCUACGUCUUUAAUGCAAACCUUGACAUCGUUAUCCACCAGCUGUCAAACGGAUUUAAAAGUCAGCGGGCAACGUCGAGUCUGUUUGACUCCAUCCAUCCCACUACCCUGGCCAACGCAGCUGAUGAACUCUACGAGACCGCCAGCCGGCUGGCUGAACAUUACAGCAUUACAGAUAUAUCUAACCUGGCCAUUUACUCUCUUUCAGGGCCUAUUGUAAGGAGGAAAUAGCAAAGCACACUACAGUUAGAGACCUGGCCAAGAUGCUCAUUGUGGAUUACAAUUCAGUCACUGCUACAUUUGGGAAAGUAGUUACAGGCAGUCAUAAAGGAGCAUCGCUGUAACGGUAGCCAGUGCCGAGCGCUCCUUUUCAAAACGGACAACAAUGAAAUCAUACCUGAGCAGCAGCAUGGGACAGGAGAGAGUGCGUGGGUUUUACAUUCUGUCCAUUGAAAACACCAGGGCCAUAGAUUUGAAUGCCAUAAUCAACGACUUCGCAGAGCGCAAGGCCCGUCGAAUGCCAAUCAAAUGAGUGAGUAUAGCUUAUAUUAUUACAGGGCAGGCUACCCAGACAGCCUAUAUAAAUCGAGCUUUAUUGAGAUUCAUUUACAUUGCUUGUCAAUCUGACUGCUCGAUCUGUCUUUGGAAACCAGGUUGUGGUGCACAGCCGCUGAGCCAUUUCAUUGUCAUCCUAGUCUAUGUUUAACUAGGCUAUAGUAAUAAUAGUAAGUGCAUACGCAUCAUAUACUGUUUAAAGGCAUGCUGCCAUUUAUGCAAUCAUUUUGAAUGCUCCACUUCAUUGUUUUGCUGGUGUUUUUGCUAUAGGACUCUGCAGGAGGUAGAUCAUUUGAGAUACCCUUAUGUCAGUUUUGCCACCGUGCAUAACCUCAGCGAGCAUGUACUAGGUAAUUAGCUAUGUUUCGGUGUUUCUGUCGAGGUGGAUCUAUAUAUUUGUUUUAUAAUAUAGGCUAUUGCCUAUUAUUAGCAGAUAAAAUAGGGUGUUUUUUGACCGCUUUGUGCUUUCCGUGGUGCUGAUCGACUUAUAUGGGUUAAUUUCUGACAGCGUCCAUGGUGCUGAAUGUAUUGGCUAUAUUGCGGCUUCUCUGGUAACUGCUUCAAAUGUGCCCUUAGAUUAGGUUCAACUCUGCUGUUACAAUGCUUACUAAUAUUACCAGACAGCCUUACCAGCUAAAUUAGUUACAUUUUAAAGGGAAAUAUGGGGAUGGGGGCCCAUAAUUUGUUUGGGCACCUGGGCCCAUCAUGAUUAAGCUAUGCUACUGCACUGGGUCAUUGUA